AUGGCCGCGCCCUUCUUCUCCACCCCCUUUCAGCCCUACGUCUACCAGAGCCAACAGGGAUCUGUGACGGCGUUUCAGAUAUCCGGUGGGGAUGUGCAGGUCCUGCAGGUGAUGGUGAAGUCGCAGGACAAGUUGACUGCGAAACCAGGUACAAUGUGUUACAUGUCCGGGAACAUUCAGAUGGACAACAAUUACUUGCCUGAAAACGAUGGAGGCGUGUGGCAGUGGAUAUUUGGAAAAAGCAUAACCAGCACUGUUUUCUUCAAUCCUGGCCCUGAUGAUGGAUAUGUGGGGAUUUCUGCACCAUUUCCUGGGAGGAUACUGCCUAUAGAUCUAGCAAACUUUGGUGGAGAACUACUUUGCCAGGCAGAUUCUUUCCUCUGCUCGGUCAAUGAUGUGUCAGUCACAAGUAGUACAGUUGAUCAGCGGCCGCGCAACAUUGAAAUUGGUGCAGAGAUGAUCCUCAAACAGAAGCUUAGGGGUCAAGGGAUGGCCUUCCUUGUUGGCGGUGGAUCAGUAAUGCAGAAAAUUCUUGCUCCCCGGGAGGUGAUUACUGUUGAUUGUGCUUGUAUUGUGGCUAUGACAACCACCAUUAACUUUCAGUUACAGAACCCUACCCCACAUAGAAGAGCAGUCCUUGUAUUCGGGGGUGUCAACCAGCUAAAAGCAUCUCUCACAGGACCUGGCGUCGUUUUCAUUCAGAGCCUUCCCUUCAAUCGGCUCUCGCAGCGCAUCGCAAGCAGUAGAUCGGUGGGGGCCCCAAGCUUGAGAGACAACCCCAGGUUCUUCAUCCAGAUCGUCAUGUUCUUCUUCCUGGCCUAUGUCAUGAUUGUGUCGUCAAUAAUUCUGACGGAUGUUUAG